AGCCCGCGGCGUCCUCCUGCGCCACAGUUUCGCGGAGAGUCGCCGCGGUUUCCUGCUUCAACAGUGCUUGGACGGAACCCGGCGCUCGUCCCCCCACCACAUCCCCACCCAACCCCGACCGGCCACCCCGAACCAGCCGUCCACCACUUCGUCACAGCGCCCACCGAUCGGCUCCAGGCCUUCGCCGUCCCCGCGCCGCGCAGCUUCCACCGCAGCCUCCGCCGCCAUGACGACCGCGUCCCCCUCGCAGGUGCGCCAGAACUACCACCAGGACUCGGAGGCCGCCAUCAACCGCCAGAUCAACCUGGAGCUCUACGCCUCCUACGUCUACCUGUCGAUGUCUUACUACUUUGACCGAGACGACGUGGCGCUGAAGAACUUUGCCAAGUACUUCCUUCACCAGUCCCACGAGGAGAGGGAGCACGCGGAGAAACUGAUGAAGCUACAGAACCAGCGCGGCGGCCGCAUCUACCUGCAGGACAUCAAGAAACCGGAACGUGAUGACUGGGAGAACGGGCUGAACGCCAUGGAGUGCGCGUUACACUUGGAAAAGACUGUCAAUCAGUCACUACUGGAACUGCACAAACUGGCCACUGAGAAAAAUGACCCCCACCUGUGUGAUUUCCUCGAGACCCAUUACCUGGACGAGCAGGUAAAAUCCAUCAAGGAGCUGGGUGACCACGUGACCAACCUGCGGAGGAUGGGCGCCCCCCAGUCUGGCCUGGCGGAGUAUCUCUUCGACAAGCACACCUGGGAGACAGUGACGAGAGCUAAGGCUCGGGCUGCCAGUCACAGGCGCUGCGUGCAUGCUGGGGUCGCCUUUCUUCCCCCUUUCUAUAAGCUGUACCAGAACAUCGACUUAAGUCUCGUUUGUAUCAUUCCUUCAAAUAAAGUAAUUUGGUAACC